CAUAAGUCUGUCUAUUAUAUAUCUCUCGUUCCCUUCCGACAGAGAAGGAAGAUGGCAGAGGAGCUGCAAUUCCAAAUGGGGUCGAUUCUGGGAGAUUUGCCGUCCUUCGAUCCUCACAAUUUCAGUCAACAUCGUCCCUCCGACCCUUCUAAUCCCUCUAGGAUGGUUCCAACUACCUAUCAUCCAACUCACAACCGUACUCUUCCACCUCCGCAUCAAGUGAUAACUACGGAAGUAAAGAACAUACUCAUACGCAGCUUCUAUCAACGAGCUGAAGAUAAGCAGAUGAGACCAAAGAGACCGGCUUCAGAACAUCUGGCGGGUGAGCACGGGAACAAGCAUUUCCGUGCCUCCUCCUCCUCAUCUGCUCAGGGCUUAUGAAAGCUUCACCUGGUUCAAAAUCUGUAAUGGUCAUUACUUGUGCUACGCUUCUUAUUAGUGUUUUUUCUUUUACAAAGAAGUUGCUUUGGAGGUAGAGAGAAAAGAUAAAGAGCAGCUCAUUAUGUGAUUGCAGAGAAAAUGUUGUAUCAGUUGUAUGUACAUAACAUCAUUUAUGUUUUUCUUUAAUUUUUAAAAUAUCGUCCAAAUCA